AUGGGUGUUGUAGGGUGGUCUUGGGCUGCAUCAGGAGCUAUGCUCUUCUGGGUGUUUCUUGGCCCCCUGGUUUUGGUUCUGGGGGCUCCUAUCAGUGUUUUUUCUGAUCCUACCCUGCUGACUUGUGGCCAGAAAUGCUUACACCUCAACUUACCACCAGGCUGGGAAGGGAAUGUUUCAUUUGUGCUGACUACAUGGGCCCUGGAUGCUCCAAGCAGCCGUGUCUGUCUGGCCAUUCCCAGCCAGCUGGCUGCCUGUGCCUCCCUGCCCAUCAGCCAGGGAGACUGUGAAGCACGAGGCUGCUGCUAUGACCCCAGAGACAGGGUGAAACCUUGCUACUUUGGUAACACAGUGACAGCUCAUUGCACACCAGAUGGCCAGUUUUCCAUUGCUGUUUCUCGAGCUGUCACCCUGCCACCUGUUGCCCUGGACUCAGUGCAACUGGCCAGUGGACACAGUACUGGCUGUGUCCCUGUCCUAACAAACAGCCAGUUUCCACUCUCUGCCUGUGGCACUGCUUUGCAGAUGAAUGCAGACCAGGCCAUAUAUGAGAAUGAGUUGGUGGUAAGCAGGGAUGUGAACACUGGGAGCCUUGGCUCUGCCACUAGGGAUAGCAUUUUCAGGUUACAUGUCUGAUGUACUUAUUCCAUCAGUGGGAGCUCCAUUCCCUUGAGUGUUCAGGUCUUCACAUUGCCACCACUCCCUGCUGUGUCCCAGCCAGGUCCUCUGUCUUUGGAGCUGCAUGUUGCCUCAGAUGGAAGCUAUACUUCCUACUAUAUUGACAGUGACUAUCCUGUUGUGAAGACUCUGAGAGAUCCUGUUUAUGCAGAGGUCAAGAUCCUUCAGAGGACAGACCCAGACCUGAUUUUAGUUCUGCACCACUGCUGGGCCACACCAAGCACCAACCCCCAGCAACAGCAGCAGUGGCCAAUUUUGGUGGAUGGGUAAGUGACUUGUGCCCCUUAUGCAGGCGACAACUAUCAGACACAGCUGAUGCCUCCAAGUUUCACCUCAGGACUACUAUUGCCCUCUCAUUACCAGCGUUUCACUGUCUACACAUUCACCUUUGUGGACUCCACUUCCCAUGAAAACUCUGGGCUGGUGUACCUGCACUGCAGUGCUUCCGUGUGCCACCAGUCUGUAAAGGAGUCCUGCAUCCCCUCUUGUCCUUCCAGAGUCAGGGGUAAAAGGAGUGCUGAGCCUCCUUUUCAGGAAGGUCUUUCCCAUGUCUCCAGUAAAGGCCCUGUGAUUUUCCUCCAGCAUGAGCUAAGACAGGACGCAGCCAGGGAUGGCCUUGGAGAGGCUGUGCAUGCUGCUCUGGGAUUUGCUGCUGUGGCAACUGGGACAUCUCUGUGUGUGGUGCUUGUGGUUUCUGUGCUGUGGCAAAGGAAGGUGUCAGCCAUGCAUGAAAUCAAUGGAUUACAAUAA